GGACGUGGAAGAUCUCUACUAGCUACUGUAGGUCGUAUGCUUUAUAUUCUCCACCCAGUUGAAGUUGACCCACGAUUACUAUCACUACUGCUGUUAAUUAUUGAACAUUGAUCCGGGCAAUCUAAUGGAAUUAGCGUGGUAACGACGAUAUUGAUCUCGCCUCAUCUCCGACUUCCGUCCCAUUUGUUUUCUAGGAAAGAAGAUUUUUUUGAAGAUCUUCUUGCUAGAAGAAGCAACAUAGAAGGAGAAGCUGCUUACUAAGCAUAAGAGCUUGCUUCGUUCCCAAACAAAAACAUUGUUCACAAAGAACAAGAACAUCCGAAAAAACAUCACACAAAUAAAAUGGCGGAAUCUAAGGUUGCAGAUAUGUCCUUGGCCGACUUCGGUCGCAAGGAACUUAACCUUGCUGAGCAUGAGAUGCCUGGUCUCAUCAAUUGCCGUAAGGAGUAUGGCGCCCAAAAGCCGUUUGCCGGUGUCAAAAUCGCCGGGUCGUUGCACAUGACUAUUCUUAUGAUGAAAAUCGGAAUAAGUAUAAGGAAUACGUAUAAGUAGAAGCGUUGUAAGUAUGUUGGCAAUUCAUUGUAUAUUCGUGUAGCGAUGUGUGAGACAGGAGGGCUUUGUGCUUUAUUCUGAUACAGGACAUACUGUGUAGCAAAAGGAGCGCUUGCUCCUAACCAAAUUCUUAGAAACUCCGAUCCCUGAUAUUGGAUGUUCCUUCUCGAGUAACCCUUGAAUGUGUUGUAGUAACGGAUUCGAGUUGAUGAUAUCCAUAUCUCUGACGACCCCUAUCAAUGACUUCCACUUUGCAUACAAUUGCUAUCUUCCCUAUCGCAUUGCCAUAACAUCCGUUCUCACUCUCUAAUCUCGAAACCGCAGUCCUGAUUGAAACGCUGGCAGAGAUGGGUGCUGACGUGCGUUGGUGCAGCUGUAACAUUUUUUCCACCCAGGAUCAUGCUGCUGCCGCAGUCGCUAAGGCUGGCACCGCGGUGGUGUUUGCUUGGAAAGGUAGCUUUUGCUAUUAUUACCUACUAGAAGAACGCUGUUGGAGAUUGAGAAAAUUGUUUAUCAAUUAAGUAGUUCGUGACCUUUACUUUCGUCAGACAAAAAUACUUACUAGUACUACGCUAUUUAUCUCUUCCCCUUUCACCCCACUACCAAAAUAAUAUCAUUUCCACAAUAAACACAAGGUGAAACCCUCGAGGAGUACUGGGACUGCACUGAGAAGACCUUGGUCUGGCCUGACGGUUCUGGUCCGGACCUCAUUGUCGACGAUGGCGGUGACGCGACGAUGUUGAUCCAUAAGGGUAUAUUUUUUUUGCCACUUUGAGUACUGUUUUUUUUUGUUCUGGUGUUAUGAAUACUUUUUUGCUACUUUUUGUUCUAGAUACUACUACUAGAGUAGGGCUAGAGGACCAUGAUGUUUCUAAACUUCCACAGUGCCCUCAUUUCAACACUUCAUGUCUGUAACAAUCUCGAACUUUCGACUCAGCAAACCUUUUUACUUACUCCCCCAUAGAGGUUGGUAAACAACAUGUUGUAGUUGUAUCUUCACCAAAACUACUUCACCAACGACUCACCAAGAACUCACCAAGCCUCCUUUUCACUCUUUCAGCUUCCCCCUACAAUCGAAAACCAGGUAAAGAAUGGGAGGAAAAGUUUGCUGCUGACGGCUCACUUCCGGACCCAAAUUCUUCCAGUAACCCAGAAUUCAAAUGUGUAUUAGCGGUCCUUCGUCGUUCUAUCCAAGAAAACCCCAAAAAGUGGACCAAGAUCGCUGAGGCUUGCAAGGGUAUCAAACUUUUUCUUUCACACAGUCAUACUCAGGAGCUUGUUUUCUUCUGUAGUUUCUUUCACACACUUAGUUAAUAUGUUAAGGUGGUCGCGUCGUCCCUUCUCAUCGCCAGGUGUCUCCGAAGAGACCACGACUGGUGUUCAUCGCCUCAAGGAAAUGGCGCAGAAGAGCGAGCUUUUGUUCCCAGCUAUCAACGUGAACGACUGCGUUACCAAGUCCAAGUUUGACAACGUCUACGGUUGCCGACACUCGCUGCCGGAUGGUACUUUCUUAUCAUUCAUUGCUAUGCUAUUGUAUUUGUUUACACGGUGAUCUUCGUAGGUGUGGAAUGCAUUUGGAGGUGGCAGAGAAUCGAUGACCCAGAGGAGAUUCUGGUAGAAUACUUGAUAUUAGGCGAACAAUGGCUACUAGAAGUUGCUUCAACCAUGGAAAAGUCUUUCGCAACGUUCUCGAAACCGUUCAUACUACUAUACGCCGCCUGGUUCUCCUUUAACAAAUAUCUGCUCAAACCUCCUCCCCAACCCGACAGGUGUCAUGCGUGCAACUGAUGUGAUGAUUGGCGGAAAGCGUGUGUUGGUGUGCGGUUACGGUGAUGUUGGUAAGGGAUCCGCCAUGGCCAUGAAGGGAGCCGGUGCCCGAGUCAUGAUCGCCGAGUGUGACCCGAUCUGUGCCCUGCAGGCGUGCAUGGAGGGAUAUGAGGUACUGCUAAAGGUAAGCUCUCAUGCCGAUGUCGUAGAGGCUGGAUGAAUAGAAUACAGGGUAGCAGAAACUUCCUAAAUCUCAUGGAGGACAUGUGGUUGUGAAGUGUAUGAGAAGUCGUAAACUCUAGAUUGUUCAUCCCUUUCUCUAAUCCGCUUUCUCACUCACCGAAAUAGAAGUAGGGGCACUCUACACAAUCACAUGAAAACAUACUCACCCAAAAUAACAACAGGUCACCACCAUGGAAGAUGUGAUCGACCAGGUGGACAUUUUCAUUACCACGACCGGCAACUUCAACAUUAUCACCAAGGAGCACAUGGCCAAGAUGAAGAACAAUGCCAUCGUCGGAAACAUUGGACACUUCGAUAACGAAAUUGACAUUUACGGAUUCCUUUUGAGAAUAACUCUAUAUAUAAAAUCUUAUAAAUCUUCAUCUUCCUCUAAAAUCCGGCUGGUCUCGAGAGCUACCCAGGCAUCAAGUGCGAGAACAUCAAGCCGCAAGUUGACCGCUUCGUCUUCCCGGAUGGCCACGGCGUGAUCGUGUUGGCCAGUGGCCGCUUGUUGAACUUGGGAUGCGCUACCGGACAUCCGUCCUUCGUCAUGUCCUGCUCGUUCACGAAUCUUAUGAAUGGAAGUCUAUCGGCAUCGUAAGUCUAUAAUCGGCAUCGUAGUAUCUAUUCUGUUUCUAUUCUUGCAAUCCAAAAUUAAGAGUACCUCAAAGUACUCGCUGAUUUCCUCGUUAUGUAAUAUUAGACUAACACCAUCCCGAGCUUGUUCGCAUGAAAAGUGAUAUCCCUUAGUACUCCGGGCGUCCCUUUUUUCCUCUGCUUAACUCUUUGUUUUUCCGCCCAUUCUUCAUAGACUAAACACAAGAUUCUUCAUAGUUUGUGACAAGAUUCUUCAUAGACUAAACACACACCUUCUUCAUACUCCAGACCAUCGCUCAACUGGAUCUGCUCGACAACUGGAAGGGAAGCAACAUCCUGAAGCGACAGAACCGCAAGCCCUAUGGAACAGACCAGGUGUACCGAUUGCCCAAGGAGCUGGAUGAGAAGGUUGCGCGUCUCCAUCUCCCUGCUCUGGGUGCCAAGCUGACGAAGCUGACCAAGGAGCAGGCGGAGUACAUCAACGUCCCGCAGGACGGUCCGUACAAGCCGGAGGAAUACAGAUACUAAAGAACCCUAAAAAACGUAAAAAACCAUCUUUUAGAAGAGAAGGAGAAGGUCCGUAGGAGCAGCUAGACUUCCUUUGUCUAUCACGAACGAUGACAACUGCGGAGAUGACCAGAAGACAUGCAGAUCUUCAUUCCUCCAACACGACGAUGUGAAGAAAGUGAAUCUAUUGAUUUUGAUAUUGAUUUUCCUAAUCUAAUGACUUUCGUCACUCAUCUCGUCUAUUAUCGACGACUAUAGAUUUUUUGUACGUUGUCCAAGUCAUUGAUGACGGGCUAAGCCGAUUUUUGGCCUUCUGGACGAAGGGGGCUUGCAAUUGGUUGCGCAUUCAGUCUCGGAUCUGCGUACUAAGAGAUUUUUCUAAGAAACACCCACUCAGUCAAUUUGAUCAUUCUCUAUGCGGGCAUUGUUCCAUUCUAAGCUUUUUUGAGUUCCUUUGUAUUAAAGGGUGCGCAACAGUGAAUCAGAGGGUCGAAUCCUGUAUCAGAUGAAGGUCAAUUCCGUAGUACCUCCUUAUUUUAGGGGACUCAUAAUUGAUGAUUUCUUUGUUACGAGUGGUUACCGUUACGUGGAAUAUAAAGUCGAAGUCCCUCGGAGGCUCUUGUAGUUAUCAAUUUCAAUAGAGUGUUAAUAGUACAGUUGUUCUUUAAAGACCGCAAUGGUGGGUAGAUGUGGUCUGCGUCGUGCACUACGACGCCACACGACUAAGAUGAUGAUGUGUCCAUAUCGUACCAAAAAACCCACUUUUAUUAGGUGGGGAGUAUCAUGAGACAUGUUGUCCAGAACCGCAUGCUCUCAAGAACGCUGUGGUUGUGGUUCUAUCUCAACCUUGCCCUUCCUUGUUUAUGAAGGCCUCGCAUGAGGAACAAAGGAGCAAGCUGGUACAAACCAAUAGUAUCAACUGCAGGAACGUGUCGUCGGACUCGGAGGACUGUACCAUUCCGGAAAGUACGG